AUGCCCUUCUCGGAUUCCCCCAAUGCCCGCUCGAAGUCCAUAACAACGGCGGAGCUUGACACAUAUGGCGUGUUAAAUCGACACUCUACCAAAAACUCUGCUUACCAGGUUGGAAUCUCGGAGGACAAGGGCUCCCGGCGAACUAUGGAAGAUGCCCACUCGUUCGUUGUCGAUUUCGCCAAUGUUCGCGGCCAGGGUUUCUUUGCCGUUUUCGAUGGACACGCUGGUAAGCAUGCGGCAGAGUGGUGUGGCAACAACUUCCACUCGUACCUGCUCUCAUGUAUGAAGAAGCUCCAUGCUUUGCCAAUUCCAGACGUCCUAAACCAGACAUUCCACGAUGUCGAUGAGAGUUUAUCGCGCAUGUGUGAAGAGUCCCAAGGCAAAAUCCAUUCCGGUUGCACAGCGGUUACCGCAUUUCUCCGCAUCGAAGACGAACACGGCCAACAGCCAUUCCUCCCCCCUUCCUCUGAAAACGACGAUCUUGCUAGCAUGAGCAGUAACGAGAGCACGGGUAGCCCAUCCGGAGACGAAUCAGCAGGGAAGAAGAAGAAAAAGCGCCAGUCGCUUACCGGCAGUCGAAUCCGCAAAGCAUUCAAGAGCUUGGCCAGUGGCCCCAGCUCUCCCAAGAACUCUACCUCACCAACACCAAAGACUCCUCGUUCCCAAUCGCCCACCUCAUCUAUGAAAGGGUCCGCCGAAGGUAUCAAUGUCGUCAUACCUCCCUCGGCAACCAGACGCGUUCUUUAUUGCGCCAACGCUGGAGAUGCGAGAGGCGUUCUGUGUCGCGGUGGAAUCGCGGUUCGAUUGACCUACGACCAUAAGGGGUCGGAUAAACAAGAGGCUAAACGCAUCAUUGACGCCGGUGGUUUCGUCAUGAGUGGGCGGGUCAAUGGCGUUUUAGCCGUCACGCGGAGUCUGGGAGACUCCUCAAUGAAAGACUUCGUUGUGGGUGCCCCAUAUACCACCGAAACUGAGCUCUGCGAUGAAGAUGAUUUUUUGAUUCUUGCAUGUGAUGGCCUCUGGGACGUGACUAGCGACCAGGCAGCUGUUGACCUCAUCCACAAUGUCACCGACGCACAGGUUGCGAGCCAGCUUUUGUUGAAGCAUGCCAUGGACAACCAUACCACUGACAAUGUGACCGUCCUCGUUGUAAGUUGUAUUGUACUAGACCUAUAUCUUAUUUGGCUGACACCUGGCGAUAACCGGAGGAAUGACAUCGUGCACCGCCAAAUUGAUCUACUUUCCGUCUUCUCUUCAACCACCAGCAUGUCUUGGGGCCAGCAGCAGCCACCACCACCGCAAUGGCAGCAACAACAACAGUAUCAGCAGGGCUACGAGUUCCAGGGAAUGGGCCCGACGCAACAAUAUGCUGAACAAUACGCCCCACCAUCCCAGCCUUUCUUCAACAACGAUUCCAAGGGCGAAUACGAGCGCUUCAAGCCCAAAAAGCGCAUCCAAGACCCGAUAUUCUUAAUCCUCUUCAUUCUGCAAUUUCUUGGCUUCGUCGGAGUGUCAGUUCUAGUUCUGAAAGACUGGUCAACGCUUAGCCAAGAUGGCGGUGGGCUGGGGAAGGGCAAUUCUGGCACACACAUUUCCCUUAACCAAAGCACCGUCUAUCUCCUCCUGCUCGUUACGGCCGCCGCGCUAUUAUUGUCCUCCGCCUACCUGAUGCUCGUCCGCGCGUUCACCAAGGUCAUCAUGCAUAUAACGCUCAUCCUUUCGAUCUUGUUGAACAUCGGAAUUGCGGUGUACUACUGGUUAACGAAAUACUACUCUGGCGCGAUAAUAUUCACCAUAAUUGCUCUAUUCUCCGUCCUUUCAUACUGGGGAUUCAAGUCCCGCAUUCCCUUAGCAGCAUUGCUUCUGCAAAUCGUGAUGGAUGUCGCCAAGCACCACAUCUCGGUCUAUGUCGUCGCUUUCGCGUCGCUAUUCAUUCAAGCUGCCUUGGCUGUUUGGUUCACAUUCACUUCCAUCGCAAUUUACUCGAAGUACACACCCGGCAAUCCCUCUUGUGCUAACGGAACCUCCUGCUCAUCCGGUAAAGUCGCUGGGUUGAUCUUCUACUCUGUAUUUUCGUUCCUGUGGACCUCGCAAGUCGUCGGCAACGUCGCUCUCGCAACACUCGCUGGUGGACCGUUCGGGUGUUGGUAUUACUUCGGCCCUCGGGGCAGUGAUGGCGGCGCCAUGCCGAAAAAUCCUACUUUGUCUGCCCUCGGCCGCGCUUCGACACUAUCCCUGGGAUCCAUCGCGUUUGGCUCUCUUAUUGUGACCUUAUUGGAGCUCCUAAGGAUGCUUCUCCGUGCCGCAGAGAACUCUGCCAACGCAGACGGCCAUCCGGUGGAGGCGUGCCUCGCAUGCUGCGCUGCCUGCUUCGUCGGUAUGAUCGAGAGUCUGGUAGAAUACUUUAAUCGGUACGCCUACAUCGAGAUCGCGCUCUAUGGCAAGCCCUACAUCGAGGCCGCGAAAGACACCUGGCGACUGCUCGUCGACCGUGGUGUCUCCGCCAUCGUGAAUGACUCUUUAGUGAACAUGACGCUGACCUGGGGCGCCUAUGCUGUCGGCCUGCUCUCCAGCCUGUUCUCCUAUCUCUACCUCCGGUUCACCCACCCGGCAUACAACGCCAACGGGGACUACACCGCCCCGGUGCUGCUCUUUGCCUUCCUCAUCGGGAUGCAGUGCUCAAUAACACUUUCCUCUGCGAUCGAGGCAGGGGUCUCAACGAUAUUCGUCGGUCUGGGCGAGGACCCCCAGGUGCUGGCCGUGAGAGCACCGGCUUUGUUCGGGCUCAUCGCAUCAACGUACCCCGAUGUUGUGCGUGGGGUCUGA